AACCAAUGCCUUCCAAUUUGGUGUAUUUCAGAACUCUGCAAAUGGGGGAGGUACAUAGUUGACAAUGAAGCAGGAUUGAGGGAUUGUUCAACAAGACAGGUUAAAGAGAAGGAAGGAGAUGUGGACCAAAGCUAGCUAGGUAAAGGAGAGUUAACACAGAGACCGGCUUUAACUGCGCAGGGGAGUAAAGGAGGAGGUUUGAUCAGUACCAAUAUAAUCCAACUGCCAAAUUCAGGGAUUCCUUGGAGUAGCAUUUAAGGCUUUCUCUCUGUAUUUCCUUCUUCCCAUCUUUACUCCCACCACCAUCCAUUUACUCUCACCAGCACCCUUACCUGGCCUUUCUCAUUUAUAGAUAAUCCCCCAAUCCCCAAAAAAAGGUAAAAGAAAAGAGAUCGAUCCAUCAAUGGCCCAUCAUCAUCAUCAGCAGCAGCAUCAUCAUCUUCACAUCAAGAAGAUAAGGAGAUUCAUCAUCUGUUGUUGAUCAUUAUUAUUAUUAUUAUUUUCAGCCUGGAAGAAGAAGAAGAAACAAACAAUCAUGGCUUCUUCACCUUCUUCUAGUACUGCAUACCACAUUCUCUUCUUCUUCUCCUUCUCCUUCGUCCUCAUCUUCCUUCUCUUCGCGAUAUCACUACAGCAAAGAAUCCACAUUUUUUAUGACCAUCAUCACUCCAUUAAUGCCUAUCAACAUGAAGAAGCCCUUAUCAUGAGAAAGUUCCCAACUUUACUCUCUCCAUUGCAAGCCCCAGCUCCGGCUCCAUCUCUGAUCCUCCACCCUCGCCCCCACCACCGUCCCCCUCACCACCAUCUGGUUCGUCGAGCUCCAAUUCCGAUACCAGAAAGAGAGGUGAGAAGGAAUGGUGGUGUUACUAGAGCUAAGAAAAUAAUGGUGGCAAGUUUAGUCUCUUCAGGAUUCAUCUUUAUCUUAACAGUCCUUGUCAUCAUUGUCUUUGUUUGCCAUUAUAAGUUUAACAAAGGAAGGAACAGGAACCCAUCAUCAACAAAACAUAGUAGUGCUGAUCAAGGGACAGCCGUCAUUAAAAGCAAUAAUGGACCAGAUUGGUUAAUAAGCCGCACCUCUCAGAAUACAACAAGAAAGGUUACAAGUCAUGAUGAACCUGAUCACCCAUUUCCUCUAGAAACUUUCCCAAAAGAAUCUGACGAAGAUCAACUAAUGCACCUAACAAACCAAGACCCGAUAUUAAGAUCCGACUCCAACACUGCCUCAGUCGCUGCUGCCGAGAUCAUCUCAAUUCACGAUGAUAGCAUGGACUCCAACGACAAGUACUACGAAUCCGACGCAGCAAUGUCAUCGUCAUCCUCGUCAUCACCUGUUGAUCAGAAGUUGGAGCUGCCUCAUGAUGAUUUGUCCGAGGAAUUAGACGAAGAUGAGUCCUUCCACUCCCUGUGUGACUCGCGCUCCUCUAGCAUCAAACUUACCAAUCUCGACUCAGCUUCUACUACUUUUAUUAAUGAAGAAUUAGCUUUUCAACUAUCCCCAAAGACUCCUCCUCCUGCACCACCACCACCACCACCGCCACCUCCACCACGAUUAACCAUAUCUAGUUCAACUCAGAAAGCGUUGUCAAAAGCUGAUUUCUCCACUUCCAAAUCACCGCCAGUUUUGUCAAACUCAGAAAUCAAAACCAUUUCUUCUUCUUCAGCAGCAACACCCCCACCGCCAUGUCCUCCACCGUCUAAGGGAAAUGUCGACCAAAACCAAAGCAAAAGCCGCUUGCCAAAGCUGAAACCUCUUCACUGGGACAAAGUCAGAGCAGCACCACAUCGCUCCACUGUCUGGGACAACCUCAGGUGCAGCUCAUUCGAGUUGGACGAGGAAAUGAUAGAAUCACUUUUCGGUUAUCACCUCAAAGAUCCAACAAAGGCUGACGAACCAAGAGGUUCUAGUCCUAACACGAACAAGCACGUUCUCGAAGCCAAGAGAUUACAGAACAUAACAAUACUCUCCAAGUCCGUGAAUGCAACUGCCCAUCAAGUCUGUCAUUCACUGGAGAAAGGGGAAGGUUUGUGCCUGCAGCAGCUAGAAGUAUUGGCUAAGAUGACACUCACCAAGGAAGAAGAGGAGAAGCUUUCCGGUUACAAAGGCGAUGUAGAAGAGCUCGGUUCGGCCGAGAAGUUUGUGAAGACAAUGCUUAACGUCCCCUUUGCUUUUCAAAGGAUCGAAUCUAUGCUAUACAGAGAAACGUUUGACGACGAGGUCAUCCAUCUCCGCAAGUCUCUCUCGAUGUUACAGGAAGCAUGCCAGGAAUUGAGAUCAAGUCGGCUGUUUCUGAAAUUACUGGAAGCAGUCCUGAAAACAGGGAAUAGGAUGAACGACGGGACGAUAAGAGGUGGGGCAAAAGCGUUCAAGCUGGACGCACUCCUGAAGCUGGCCGACGUGAAGGGGACAGACGGGAAGACGACGCUGCUCCAUUUCGUGGUACAAGAGAUAAUGAGAUCAGAAGGGAUGAGAGCAUCGGAGAGCAUAAUGGGGAAGAUAUUAUCAUCAGGAAAGAAGGCUGCGGCGGAGGAAGAGAAGGAAGAAGAUUACAAGAGAAUGGGACUGGAGCUGGUUUCAAGCCUGAGCGUUGAACUACAGAACGUGAAGAAGACGGCUACGAUUGACUUGGACGUGGUGUCGAGCUCCAUGCGCAACCUGUUCGAGGGAAUGUGUAGGGUGAAGAAUCUUGUACAUGAGCGACUGGGGGGGAAGGAGGAAGAUGGUAGCUUUGUGCAGGUGAUGAGGGCGUUUGUAUCUGAUGCGGAUAAGAAAAUAAAGGAACUUCGGAAUGAGGAAAGCGAAAUCCUGUUGCGUGUGAGAGAAAUUACAGAGUACUUCCAUGGCGACGUCGUGAAUAUGAAGAAGGAGGCAAACCCCCUUAGGAUCUUUGUGAUAGUGAGGGAUUUUCUGGGUAUGUUGGAUCAUGUUUGCAGAGAGCUUAGAAGUUCUAGAAUCCCUAACUCCUCUCCUAAUCCUCUUUCUCCCUUCCGCUGAUCUUUCUGAUGAUAGAGACGAACGACCACUGCCAUUGAAAUCUUUCUGCAUAUAUAUAUAUAUAUAUAUAUAUGACAAAAUUUUAUCUUUGGAUUUUCA